AUGGCAAGAAAUAAAAUGUGCUUCAUCAACGGCACCCUCCAGAUGCCUGGCGAAGAUGAUCCAAACUUCCAGGAUUGGACGCAAUGCGAUAGUCUAGUGAAAAACUGGAUUACAAACUGUGUUUCGCCAGACAUCUUGGUGAGUAUUUCUACUUCUAAAACUGCCCAUGUAUUAUGGGAGGAUUUGCGAAAUAGAUAUUCUGCUGCUAACUCUGCCAGGGACUUUGAGCUAGCAAGGUCAAUCUCUACUAUCAAACAAGGAAACUCGUCGAUAACUGAAUAUUAUGCAAGAAUCAAAUCCUUGUGGGAUGAGUUAGAUCAAUACAAGAAGUCAACCGUCUACAUGGAAAAUCCAGCAAAGUGGCAGAAACAAACAAAUUCUGGAUAUGCUGAAAAGAGGAACUACAAUAUCAAUCAGGUGGAUGCAAAUUCGCAAUCCUCUUUGCAGCAGUCAGGGGACCAAUAUCAACAAAUCCUAUCAAUCUUAAAGGCAAAUGCUGCCAACACUGCAGGAGUAGGCAACACAUCAGUAUCAUCAGUUGAGGGUAACAAUUUUCUUAACUCAAACUGGAUUAUUGAUACUGGUGCUUCUGAUCAUGACUCAACCACAUUGAGGAAGAGUGGGAUGGGAACCAUGCAUAAUGAUUUGUACCACUUGCUUGAAGAACUGAAACCAGAGAAGAGGAAUUAUGCACCUAUGAAAAACCAUAUUUCUGUAAACCUAGCUAAUAGGAAUCUUGUCUCUGUCAAUGCAAUUGAUAAGAGUUUUUUGUGGCAUAACAGAUUAGGACAUCCAUCUGUUAGGAUGUCUGAAAUGUUGCCUUCUAUAUUAGACAAAAAUUGUAAGGAAUGUGAUGUAUGCCCUUUAGCCAAAAUGAAAAGAAAUUCCUUCUCUGUUAGUGAAAGUAAAACUUGUGCUCCAUUUGAUCUUAUACAUUUAGAUAUAUGGGGACCAAAUUCUAUGGUUUCUAUGGAUGAUUACAAAUAUUUUUUGACCAUUGUAGAUGACUUCACUAGAGCAACAUGGAUUAUUCUAAUGAAGAACAAAUCUGAAAAUUCUAUAAGAGAGGGAAUUACUCAUCAGAAAACAUGCACUUAUACUCCUCAACAAAAUGGCAUAGUAGAAAGGAAACAUCAACGUAUACUGAAUGUGAGUAGGGCUAUAAGAUUACAAUCAGGUUUACCUGAAAAAUUUUGGAGUCACUGUGUUGUUACAGUUGUAUAUCUGAUAAAUAGAUUGCCAUCUAGGGUUCUUGAUAAGAAAAGUCCUUAUGAGAUUCUACAUAAUAAGAAACCAGAUUAUAGCAACCUAAGAAUAUUUGGUUGUCAAUGUUAUGUUAAGAUUCUUAAACAGAGAUUUCCUGUUAAGGAAGUACUUGUAGAGUGUAAUAAAGUGGCCGAUGACAAAGUAAUUGAUGUAGAAAAUGACAUUGAAACUGAUCAUGAUGAUCAAACACAUAUAAUGAAAAGAAAGAAGAGAAUUCCUUUAUACUUGAAAGACUAUGGAUGUAACAAUGUCAGUAUGCAUGACUCAAAAGUUGAUAAUCUGAUUGCUUCAUAUACUGAUUCUGUUUCUCAUGAACAUUUUUUUGGCUUCCUUUACAUCUAA